AUUAAUGUACCCGAUCAAAGCGGCGGCACCCUAUGUUGCCCGCAGCGGAAUUAGUCAUCCGGCAAAUUCCGCAGCGGAACAAACAGGCACCCAUAAAUUUGCCUCCUUGUCCUCGACUGCCCACAACCACCAUCACAGAGUCUCCUUAACCAAGUUUUUGUGAGUUCACCAAAACUCAACCCAAAGCCCACACCUAUAUAAUUUUCGCGGUCUUCCUUGGCCCACGAUUGCUUCUCAAACGCAAACUUUUUCUAUCUUCUGUCCCACUCGAGGAGAAAACAGAAGACUUUAUUUCAUGCUUCGACCUCCACUCAAUAACUCGGCAAAUACGUGUUUGUUUCGGAAAAAAUUCAUAAGUACCCGUUAAACUUCUGCCCAGCAUGGCUUCCGCAGGAAUUGUGAAUAUUCGUCGCGAUGUCGAUGACAAGUUCUACCGCUAUCGUAUGCCACUCCUUCUCACCAAAAUUGAGGGCAAAGGCAAUGGUAUCAAAACCGUCGUUCCUAACAUGGCGGAUGUCUCUCGUGCCCUAUCUCGCCCUGCCACGUACCCCACCAAAUUCUUCGGCUGUGAGCUCGGUGCACAGACCUCCUUCGAUGAGAAGAAUGAAAGAUACAUUGUCAACGGCGCUCAUGACGCCUCUCGCCUUCGGGAGCUCCUUGACGUGUUCAUUGACAAAUUCGUUCUCUGCCGCUCAUGCAAAAACCCCGAGACAGACCUUAUCAUCCUCAAGAGCGGUCGUAAUGAGGAUGUCGUCAGGGAUUGCAAGGCUUGUGGUGAGAGGACGGACGUCGACAUGAAGCACAAACUCGUCACCUUCAUUUUGAAGAAUCCGCCCAAGAACCCGAAGAAGAGCAAGAAGGGCGAGACAAAUGGCAAUGGUGGUGGAGUCCACGCCUCAGCUCCUCCAGUUCCUGGAGAAGAAAACGGUGGUGCAUCUGGUGGCGAAAGCGAUGACGAGCUUACCAGGAAGAUCAAAGCCGAAGCCGCUGAGCUUUCCACAGAAACCAAGCUUGCCAGCCAAGAUUGGUCAGCCGAUACCUCUCCCGAGGCUGUCAAGGCUCGCGUGAAGGCGCUGGAAGGUCAGGUUGGCGGACUCUCGCUUGCACCUGCUGGAGGCUUGGGAGAUGAUGAUGGCAGUGAUGACGAUGUGAACAGCCCCUAUGCUCAGUUUGGCCGCUGGGUCGAAGAGAACAAGGACGAGGCAGGCAUUGGUGCCGUGCAAAUUUACCAAAAGUCGCAAGAGUUCGGCGUCGAGAAGAAGCACAAGACUGUCCUCGUUCUUGUCCAAGCGCUGUUCACUACGGCCGUUGUGAAAGAGAUUGAUACGUACAAGGCCCUGCUCGCAAAGUUGGUCACCUCCGAGAAGCACCAGAAAGCUUUACUGGGUGGCAUCGAGCGCCUUGCCGGGCUCACUCACCCUGAGCUUAUCCCAUCUGUCCCAAAGAUUCUCAUGGCUUUGUACCAGAUCGAUGUCUUGGAGGAAAAGGUCGUGACUCAAUGGGGUACUCACGUCAGCAGGAAGUACGUCGAUAAGGAGACGAGCAAGAAAGUGAGGAAGGCGAGUGAGCCGUUCUUGAAGUGGCUUGAGGAGGCAGAUGAUGACGAAUCUGAGGAGGAUGCGUGAUGGAUGGAUAUGUAGACAUGAUAUAUAGUUUCCUUUUACUUCCGUUAUCUUGUCGUUCUGAUCGCGCUACAGUAAUCUGCUAUGUAUGUCACUUUGUCCAAUUUACAGAGUCCCUAUGACAACUACCCCUAUUCCCCACAA